AUGAGUAGACACAAGGGCAGGUCCGGAACAGUGCCGUCAAACACAUUAUCAGCAUAUGAUAACAAUAGAGCUAUAGUAGAUAAUUCUACUUCAAAAAAAAUCAAUAAUUCUAAGCCUCGUCCCAUAAACUAUGACCUAUCAAGAUUUACAAUACCUAAAUCCAAAGUUACGACCAUACUUGAUGACGAUGAUCUCAAAGAAGAGACAACUAGUUCUACUCUGCGGAAUGGAGAGAGCAGUACCGCUGCUAAUAGAUCAUUGUUAGAGUCACAUAAUGAUAUGCCAGGUAUUCUUGGUAGCAAUACUCACCAACAACCAAAUGAAAUAACAGAAAAUUUUACAACAGAGGGCACAGUCAAAAUUGUCAGCAAAGCAUCAAAAGACCCUGUCUUCCAGCUGACUACAGCAUUAAGUGUUACUCUUUCAAGGGGCAAAGAUAUGUCAAGCCCAGUGUUACUUUUCCAAUUCAUGAAGAAGUCCAAACCCAUACAAGGGUUCUCGUUUACCUUAAAUGAUCAAACAGUGAGGUUUUGGUAUGGCUUCAAAGGUGAAGGUUUCGGCGUAAUAUUCCCCAAUGAAAAACAAUUCUUGUUGCCAAAUGUAGAUAGAAUCAAAACGAGAUGUCUUUCUUGGAUGGGUUCAUUAAGUUCUUCAGAGUCUGCAAAGUUUUUACAGCUCAUGGAGGCCUUUGAAAGAGAAAUGUGUUUUACGGGUGUAGAUGUAUCGUCAGACCGAAUAUUCAAAGUCAAGAAAAGGGAAAUUGAUGCAAUGCUUAAUGAAUAUAAGGCUUCUCCUAGUACUGGAACAAAUCAAAUGGUCCUUUUUCCUGAUCGGUACAAAUCGGAUAAACUCUUCAAUAAGUGCCCCAACUCGUCACUGAACUCUCUACAUAGAGGCAAACGCGGGUCUGGGAAUGGCACAGUUAUACAGCUUCCCGACUACAAACCGCUGACUUCAUAUCAGAACCAAACGCCAGACGAGACAGUAUCGCAAGAGAGUUUCUAUGGGAAUCAGUCUACCUCUGAAAAAACCACUGAACAUCCACCAUUCAUUUCUUACGUUUCUAAUUUGAGGCGUGUCACAAGGUCCAUAUCUGAUAACAAAAAACAUGGCGAUGUACAUCAUACAUCUGAUGAACUCAUGGAAAGUGAAAACCCGGAGUUAUUUGAACCCACCUUAUCUUAUACUUUCAAUGAUGGUUCCAAACUCUCGGUAACUAACCAGGACUUCAAAUGUUUGUACAAUAAUGAUUGGAUAAAUGAUACAAUUUUGGACUUUUUCCUAAAGUUUUAUAUUGAAGAAUCGAUAAGCGACAACGUAAUAUCGCGAUCCGAAGUCUACUUAUUUUCUUCUUUCUUCUACACUAAGCUUGUAAGUACAGAAGCAAGCAAAUAUGAAAACGUAAAGAAAUGGGUAAUUAACUCAGAUCUGUUUUCCAAGAAAUACGUCGUAGUUCCAGUGAAUAUGAAUUAUCAUUGGUUCGGAUGCAUAAUUGUAAAUUUGGACAAGUUGAAGGUAGCCAUAGAAGAGCAGUUAACCAAAAAGCUUACAUCAAAAGGAGGUAAUCUUAAAUCACCUUCGCUCUCAAAAACUGAGGAUGACCGAAACUCAAAUAUAGCAAGUGCUCCUACGAAUGUCACUGCAGAUAAUAUCGAGUUACCUACUGUAUUCCUUUUAGUCUUUGAUUCUCUACGACAAACGCAUUCAAGAUUAAUGGACGCUGUGAAAGAAUUUAUUAUUUCAUACGGCAGAGACGUUCAUAAUUACGAUAUUCAAAGAGAAAAGCUCAAAGUAAGAACAUGCCUUGUACCACAGCAACCCAAUAUGAGUGAUUGUGGUGUCCAUGUGAUAUUAAAUACUAAGAAAUUUUUUGAAAAACCGAAAGAAACGCUCGAUUUGUGGUUUGCAAAGUCGUCCUACAACCACUCUAAACUGGUAAACGAAUUCUUUGAAAAGAAAGAACGCCGUUUUGCAAGGAAAACCUUAAGAGAUGUCUUAUUACUUCUCCAAAAGCAACAAAUAGCCGCCCAUGGGAUAUCAUUGGGCCAAGAAAAGAAUGAAAGCAUAGAAGAGAAUCAUAGUGAUUUGGAGAUUAUAGAAGAUUUUGAGGCAAAAGAGAUGGAAACCGACACUAUGGAAGAAACAGGAGAGACCAAUCAUCCACCUAAUCAUAAUAAUAUGCAAUGCACUCCAAUCGAGGCAAAUCUGAAUAGCAAAGCAAAAGCGCCUACACCAAAUGUCGAGACUUCCAUGUACUUCUUGAAAUCCACACCAUCAAUCGAAAGAUGUACUCCAAACAAUGAUAAUAAGCAUGAGGACCAACUGAUUAUAGUUCCAGAAUCAUCCCAAAAUAGUGUUGCAAAUAAAGAUAUUAAUCUCGGAAAUAAAUCUGAAAGAGAUUUUUAUCAGUCUGCGCUUUUAAGUGAUGAUGACCAUCGAAAUGAAUCAGAUUCAUGUGCCGAUAUGAUUUCAAGUCAACCACCAGAUAGGGCAAACUUUAGGGAUCGAUGUCCUACGGCGGAAUUGGAUGACAUUGAAGAUUCAACUUCUGAUAAUGAAAAGUCCAAGGUUUAUGACAUUUCUUGUUCACAACAGAGAUGUAAUGUGCCAGUUUCACCUGGGAAGCUGUUGAAUGAGAAGCUGAAAACUUUGAGUACCAACACUGCGGUUACAAGUGAUGCUAAAUAUUCGAAUUGUAGGAAAUAUCAGACCGUUUCUUCGUUGAUCAGACAGUCACGUGCAAUUGUGGAUAAAACGAGAGAUUCUGACUCUAGAAUUACACGCUCUGAUGAUGAAAAUGAAUGUGGCGGAAAAUCUACUGACUCUAUAAGGAAACAACUCUCCAAUGAACUGCGAGAAUCAAAUACCGUGAGUUUGGGUAAAUCAUCGUCAUCUGACGGUGGCAAACUACAUCAACCUAACAGCUGUAGUCCUUCUAAAAGCUCCUCUCUUCCGUCAGAGGAUUUGGUUGAAGAAAUUGUGGAAGUACAACCUAUUCUUGAGAAAGUUCAUUCCAACAGAAAGGAUAACAAAAGGAAAAUUGUCCAUCUCUUCAGCAAUAAAGAAAAUAAAUCUUACGGCAAAAAUCCCAAAAUACCCAAAGCCAGCUUUUUCGAUCAAUUUGCAUCUAAAUAG